ACGUUAAAAAUGUAAUUAUAUGUUAUAAUAAGUAAUAAACUAAAUUAAUUAAAAAGAAAAAGUUGACCAAAUAAACGGAGCCUCAAUGUCUGUUCCAAUCACCGGAAUCAGGAAAAACGGCGAGGCCAAAGCCAAAGAAGAAAUGAAGAAUGGGUGUCAGCUUCUCCGGUACUCGGCUACGUAAAUUUGACCAAAAACUUUGGCCUCUCUUCACCUCAUCACCUACCGGUUCCAUUCGCAAACAGCUGUAUAUCCAGUAAACCAGGGGGAAAAAUAAAGACUGAAAUUUGUAGAGAGCUGAAAAGCAUAGAAUGGAGCAUGAAGAUGACAACCCAUCACGCCUUUCAGGCAUUCGAAGAACACGUUCCCUGGCAUCUCCAUACUGGGCUGCCCACCAUCUACUCAUUCUUGUCAAUGAGAUUGCUGCUACCGAGGCCGAUUGUUCAAAUGCUUUGUCUUCCUUUCAGAAAUGGAAAAUUAUAGUGGAAAAUUGCAAUGCUUUGGGUGUUCCACACUCGUCAAAUCAGUGCCGCAGGAAGUGGAACUUAUUGCUUCAUGACUACAAGAAGAUCAAGCGUUGGGAGUCAGAGUCAGGACUACGUGAUUCAUACUGGUCUUUGGAUGGUCAAAGGAGAAAACAAUACGAGCUUCCAGAAAAUUUCGAGGAAGAUCUGUUUAAGGCCAUCAACGAUGUUGUUAGACUGCUGGAGGACAAAUCAGGUACUGACCGAGAUAGUGAUCCAGAAGCUCAGGAUGAUAAGCUUGGAAUAAUUGCAGACCUUGGGCCCAGGAAGCAAAAAAGAAAGUUAAUUCCUUUGAGAAGCCCUGCUGAAGCAAAGUCACACAAACGAUGCGCGGUGGAAAAGCUUAAGGAAAUUCACCUGGCAGAACAACCUCAGGAAAGCCCUUCUGAAGAAAAGCUUCAGAGAAGCGAAGCAGAAGAAAGAAGUUGGAGAACUGAGGCAGAAGAAAAUCCUGAAAAAUGCUACAUGGACAUAAACCAUAUGUUUAGCAUGAAAGAUGAGGAGCAAAGUAUGGUGGCAAGACUUGGCGAGAAUGCAGAGCAGAUCCACGCUGUAGUUGAGGAAAAUUUUAAUGACCACAGGGCUGCUAAUGUGAAGAAUGUUGAUGACUCCCGAACAGAUUUUAUAAGACGUCAAGGUGACUUGCUUAUUGGAUGCCUCGGAGACAUUUUAAGCACUCUCAACCAGUUUUCAGAACUUGUCUAGGAAUAUCAGUGAUUAAUGCUAAAGACAUUUAUGUAAAGUGCCUUUCUACUUUCUAUUUAGGGUGCAAUCUUCAGAAACUUUGGAAAAGACUGUGUGGGCAUCUCUCUGUCUCCUAAAAGAUCCAAUCGGACCGGUUGAUCAGACAGAUUGUCCGAUUGACCGGGAACUGGUGAUCUGUCCAGUCGAUAGGUGUAAUUAAACUGGAUUUUUGAUGAAUCCGUCAAGAACCGGUAAUUGAACCGGUUUUAGUUUUUCUUUUAUUAUUUAAUUAUUAAAAAAUGCAAGUCUCAAGACUUAAAUUUAUAAACUCUUAGUUUUAUAAUUCUAUAUUAAAUACAUAGUUAUCAAAAUUGGAUUAGAUUCAAAUUGAACCGAACA